CCAGCUCACUGUCGGUGCUGCAAAACAAACGCCAUCUUUAGCUGACAGGCAAACUACUGAAGCAGAGUUGUGGGGCGAAACUAGGUCAGGCAGACGACUGGAAAACGAAACCACUUCUGAACAUUUCUGCUUUAUAAGCUUUCCGCCGGUGUUUGCUAACCUCCCGACACACCACGCUGUCCUAUGGUCCAAUGUGUUUGAUCCGUCCGCCAGCUCGAACGCAGUUUUCUUGUGUCGGUCCCGGUUGACGUUAAGUGGUCGCCUUUUCUGACAAUCAGCCGACGGAGGUGAAAGCCAGGAUGAAACGAGGUCUGCAGGGGAAUGAACAGGAGGACGGAGGUGGCACCAGCAGCGGGUCUCAGGAGACUCUUAAACGGUCCCGCAAGCAGAGGAGGGAGAAAGAUCCGGAGGAGGAGGGAGUCCGCUGGGGGUGUCUGCCUCAGGAGAUCCUGCUCCACAUCUUCCAGUACCUGCCUCUGCUGGAUAGGGCUUACGCCUCUCAGGUGUGCCGUGGCUGGAACCAGGCGUUUCACAUGCCGGAGCUGUGGCGCUGCUUCGAGUUCGAGUUGAACCAACCAGCCAGCUCCUACCUGAAGGCCACACACCCAGAACUAAUCAAACAGAUCAUCAAAAGGCACUCCAACCACCUGCAGUAUGUGAGCUUCAAGGUGGACAGCAGCAGAGAGUCUGCAGAGGCAGCGUGCGACAUCCUCUCUCAGCUCGUGAACUGCUCUUUGAAAACACUCGGGCUCAUCUCCACGGCCAGACCCAGCUUCAUGGAGCUGCCUAAGUCUCACUUCAUCUCAGCGCUGACGGUGGUUUUUGUCAACUCCAAAUCCCUCUCCUCCCUGAAGAUCGAUGACACACCUGUAGACGAUCCCUCCCUCAAAGUCCUGGUGGCCAACAACAGUGACACCCUCAAACUGCUGAAAAUGAGCAGCUGCCCUCAUGUUUCACCCGCAGGCAUCCUGUGUGUGGCUGAUCAGUGCCACGGCCUGAGAGAACUGGCACUCAACUACCAUUUGCUGAGCGAUGACCUUCUCAUCGCCCUCUCCUCAGAGAAGCAUGUUCACCUCGAGCACCUUCGCAUCGACGUGGUCAGUGAGAAUCCUGGCCAGCAGUUCCACACCAUCAAGAAGAGCAGCUGGGACGCCAUGGUGCGCCAUUCUCCUAAAUUUAAUCUGGUCAUGUACUUCUUCCUCUAUGAGGACGAGUUCAGCCCUUUCUUCCGCGAUGAAAUCCCCGUUACGCAUCUGUACUUUGGCCGCUCCGUCAGCAAAGACGUGCUCGGCCGCGUUGGCCUCAACUGCCCACGUCUGGUUGAGCUGGUGGUGUGCGCCAAUGGGCUGCGGCCGCUGGAUGAGGAGCUGAUCCGCAUCGCCCAGCGCUGCACGCAGCUGUCGGCCAUCGGCUUGGGGGAGUGCGAAGUGUCCUGUAGCGCCUUCGUGGAGUUUGUCAAGAUGUGUGGAGACAGACUGACGCAACUAUCCAUCAUGGAGGAGGUACUGGUUCCAGAUCACCGCUAUGGGCUGGAUGAUAUCCACUGGGAGGUGUCAAAGCAUUUGGGUCGCGUCUGGUUCCCAGACAUGAUGCCUACCUGGUAGAUGUCUGGAGGAAGAUUUAAGUUUUUGUGACUGUGUGUCCCUUGGAGAACAAUAUUUCUUGGAGAUGCCCCUCAUCUUUCUCCUGUUUGUGAGAAAGGCCCUUUCUUUUUCACCCUGAAUACAUGAAGAAAUUGCUUCACCUCGAGCUUUGAGCUUUGAUUAUUUAAUAAUGAUAUUAAUAGUAAUAAUACAUUUUAUUGAUAGAGUGCUUUUCAGGGUACUCAAAAACACUCAACACAAGUUAAAAUGAUCAUAGAGUCAGUCUACAAACAGUCUAAAAAUAUAUAAUACAACAAAAAUCACACAUUAAAAGCAGAGUUUUGAUCAGUGAGAAGUGACAGAUUGGAUAAGUCUCAUAUGUGUUUGGGGAAAAAGUGGCUGUGGAAAAGGGCCCUCGGUCUGAUGCUUGGUCCUGGAGGUGGAUAUAGGAGGUCGGUAUCAGAGGAUUGGAGGCUGUGGGAAGGAGUGUGAAUGUGGAGUAGGUCAAUGAGGUAUGAGGGGCCCUGGUUAUGGACGACUUUGUAAGUGAGGAGAAAGACUUGACUUAUUUUUUUUCCUCUAUUUGUCAUGUUAUCACUUAUAGCAUUUAGCACCUUGUCUUCUGAGCCCUUUCUUAAAGGAAUACUUCACCUGCAAACUUACUCACCGCGUGUCACCUUCAUUUUCGUGACAAAAAACCUUUGUUUUUCUGGCAUGCCUCCACAGUGAACGAAGAAUCCAAAAAAGGCAAACAUUCUUCAUGAAUUGAAGUAAACAGUCAGGGACCAUGGUU